CAUGCGCGCUGCGCCGCUUCCGCGCUUCUGACCUUCGUCGCUGGGCCGGGCCGCAGCCGCUGUAUGCUGGGAGCAUGUCGGCCCCCACCAUGGCGGAGAGGAAGGCGUGCUGGGCGGCACGCGACGAGUUCUGGCGGUGCCUGGACACGCACACGGAGGACGCGCCGCGGUGCGAGAAGCUGAGGCAGGCCUUCGAGUCCCUGUGCCCGCAGCAGUGGGUUAAACACUUUGACAAAAGAAGAGACUUUUUAAAAUACAAACAAAAGCUGGAAACAGAAGGGUUUCAUCCUCCAGAAACCGCUGGGAAGUCUUAGGUACUCCGCUUUUUGAAGUACAUCUACCAAGCACAGAUCUGUGGCAGGAAGAAGCAGGGGAAAGCAACAGAGCCUGCUGGAGUUUAAGAACUGGUAACCCAUCCUCCUAAAAUGCAGGCUGCUGCUCCUGCUGCAAGGCCUCACGUGUCUGCUGAAAAAAGAUGGUCGUGGACAACUUUUUCAUGAGUAUGAGACAAAGAAGUACGGUGCAGGGCUGUUCACAAACCCGAGGCUUAGAGUUUGUAACUCCAGUCACUGCUUUGCAAGAAUAAAUGAUUAUGCGGUAGCAUUCAUUUAUUGUUCUUUUUAGAACACGUACAAGCGCUUUUUUUUUGUUAAGUGGAUGAAUUUUCCCCAAUAAAGCUUUGCCAACUUUG